AUGGUAGAUACAUCCGAGGAUCGUAUUGAGCGGCUCAAUACCAUGGAGCCAGAUUGGGAAGCCAAAGAAGAGAGAGCUCUUGUCCGAAAAUUAGACCUCCGAGUGCUAUUUCCUUGCGUUGUGAUCUAUGUGCUGGCAUACCUUGAUCGGUCCAAUCUUGGAAAUGUCAAGAUUCUCCAGAAGGGAGGUCCCGACUCUCUGGAAACCAGUUUGAAUCUUAAAAAUGGCGACUUUAAUUGGGCCGUAUCCAUUGCAUACUUCACCGUCACCGCGAUGCUGAUUCCAGCCACCCUCUUGCUGAAAAAGUUAUCCGCUAAGAUAUUUUUCCCUAUUUGCAUGGUUCUAUGGGGGGCAAUCGUUAUGAGUAUGGGCGCCUGCAGCAAUUCAGGGGGAUUGUUUGCAGCUCGGUUCUUUCUCGGAGUUCCAGAAGCAGGAGUGAUAACCUGCGGGAUAAUGUUCUUCAGUUUCUGGUAUAAACCAAGUGAGCGUGCCAUUCGAAUAGGCAUAUUUUACAGCUCGAAUUCAAUUGCUCAAGCAAUUUCCGGAUUUCUUGCAGUCGGAAUUGAUCAUUUAAACGGCCAUGGAGGUCUGAAAUCAUGGCAAUGGGUCUUUAUAAUCGAAGGCGCCAUGUCAAUAUUCUGCGCUAUACCUAUAUAUUUCAUACUGUUAACAUUUCCUGAGGAUUCAACUGCUUUAUCUGAUAGAGAACGAUACAUUGCCAUUAAUAGAUUUGGACGUGGAAGCACCCGUAAAACUGACGUUUCUUGGGAUACGAUGGCAUUUAUUAGGAUUAUGACUCGCCCGUCAACUUAUGCUUUCUUUCUGAGUUAUAUAUGCAUUGCGAUUGCGGCAGUUGCACAAGCAACCUUCCUCCCAACAAUCCUUAAAUCAUUGAUGAAAUUCGAUACCACGAAAGCAAAUAUCUAUACCGCCAUUGUGAAUAUUGUGGCAGUUCCACUAUAUUGGACCUAUCCUCUUCACUCGGACUGGACGAGAGAACGAAUGUGGCAUUUUAUUGUUCCAGUGGCAGCUUCUGUUCCAUGUUACGCGGUGUGGACUUAUGCUGGUUCACACCCUAAUGAGCAUACCAUUAGCUAUAUUUCUAUGUACGGAAUGGCCUUUCUUGGACAGCUGUUACUUGUUGCACAGCCGGUAUUGCUAUCGUAUCGCAGCUCCACGCUAUACGGUGCAGCUGAGCAAGCUGUGGGGACUUCUACAGCUGUUGCAUCCCUGUCCAUUGCAAGUAUAAUUGCCCCACAGAUGUAUCCUAAUAGCGAUGCGCCAUACUAUCUUCAGGGAUUUACCGCCACUGUUUCCCUACUGGCAGCUAGCAUUGUUAUCUAUGCUACCAUCCCGUUUUUCCUCCAACUCGAAGCAAGCCAACGCAAGAAAAAGACAGGUCAUGCAUUGCCAUUACAGUCUUUGGAGGACUCAGAGAACAGCCAAGUAUCCGCAGCUGCAAUGGCAGAGUUGCACCAGCUGAAUCAACUUGGCGAUGGUGAGAAUUCUUUGAAACCAAAAGCUGUCCAUGAGGAAACUGUUUAGGAAUAUUUCAUUUUGAUGGAACAUAUUAAAAUGGCGAUUUCCAAUAUAGCUGCAGCUACAGCAUAUUUCAACCUGUAUGUCCUAUUGUCAGGUGUAACGGACUCGUAACUCUCGAUCCUAGGGAUCUACCAUAAAUACAUUUAUUGCAACGAAAUACAG